AGAGAGAGAGAGAGAGAGAGAGAGGUGUUGAUGUUGAUGUUGAUGUGGUGGUGCACAAGCAGCAUGGCCAACAUCGCGGUCCAGCGAAUCAAACGGGAGUUUAAAGAGGUUCUGAAGAGCGAAGAGACGAGUAAAAACCAGAUCAAGGUGGAUUUAGUGGACGAGAAUUUCACAGAAUUGAAGGGGGAGAUUGCAGGACCACCAGACACACCGUAUGAAGGUGGAAGAUAUCAGCUAGAAAUUAAAAUUCCAGAGACGUAUCCUUUUAAUCCACCAAAGGUUCGGUUUAUCACAAAGAUCUGGCAUCCCAACAUCAGCUCGGUCACUGGUGCCAUUUGUUUGGACAUCCUGAAGGACCAGUGGGCAGCGGCGAUGACCCUCAGAACAGUGUUAUUGUCACUACAGGCUCUUCUGGCGGCUGCAGAACCAGAUGAUCCACAAGACGCAGUAGUUGCCAAUCAGUAUAAACAGAACCCAGAGAUGUUCAAACAGACGGCUCGACUCUGGUCUCACGUUUACGCAGGAGCUCCGGUCUCAAGUCCGGAUUACACACGCAAAAUAGACAAACUCUGCGCUAUGGGCUUUGAUAAAAAUGCAGUAAUAGUGGCAUUGUCGUCGAAAUCCUGGGAUGUGGAAACGGCAACAGAACUGCUGCUUAGCAACUGAGUCCAACCUGAGGGGCCAAAACACCAUAUCUGACAUCCACCCCACCUGUACUCUGACACACCCACUCUUCAUCCUCUUCUCCUCUUCCUCGGUCCACCUUCAUCAGAACACACAACUCGUCUCUGUCUCUCUCCAUCUUUUGCAAUUCCUUAAAGGAAUAGUUCACCUAGAAAUGCAAUUCUGCCAUCAUGUUGUUCCAAACCUGUAUGAAAUGAGGGUGAGUAAAUGCUGACAGAGUUCAUUCGUGUGAACUAUUCCUUCACCGUCAGAUUUCUCUUUCUACCUUGUCCAUCUUUUUUUAUGUGCCUUUUUUGUCUGAUAAUUUCCCCAUCUUCAUGAUCAUCACCUUCAGAACGGUCCAGCAAUCUGACACUAGGCAGACUGUAGCCCCCCCUCACACACACACUUACCCAAUCAACACUGCAAUCUCUCUCCCUCCCAGCUAAGCCGCCUCCCUUUUAUCCGGUUCUGUUUUUAAAACUACAGACAGACGUGAAAUGCGACACACUAGAAGAUGUUCUGUCAAACAAUCAAGACUGGAAUAAAACACCCACAUCCUGUGAAAUAUACGAGAGAAAAUAAUCUGUAAAUAAAGCUAUUAAAGUCUGUAUAAAUUAAAGCAAUGUGGCAAUGCCUUUAUUUAUUAUUGCAUUGUGGAAUAGUGAAAUAAACACCAGUUUCAUGGCUGAUCAUGUGAUGUUUUGAUGAUCUGUA